AAUUGUUGUGCAUUGCAGUUCCACGAAAAAAUCGCAUUUUCUUUUUUUAGCAACUGCAAAGCGAUAAGCUUAUACCCUGUCAAUACCAAAGAAGAUAACGCGAGAAAACACGAGAAGCAGUCAUUUCUUCAACACUCCCACCCAAGCACCUUAUAUAUAAACUAGUUGGGGCCCAUUUAACUUCGGGAAUGUUCGUAGGUGUUCAGUGUAAUGCAGAACGUUCGCCCACACGUCUUCGCUCUGCACGCGGCAGGCGCUGUCGCUUGCGGCAUUUGCUGCGACGAGAAUUUUAGUCCUCGCUGGCUGUCAGCUGAUCGUCGCGCCUCAGCUGUCGCUUUAUCAGUAUUUCACAUUUGAGCAUCAGUCUUCUGUCAGACGGGUAUUUCGCCAGGAAUAGCUGAUAGAAAUGGGUCGUAUUUUCAUCGAAAACCAUGGCGGAACAAGGUUGGUUGUCUGUCGUUUCUGCAAGACUUAUCUCACUAAUCGCAGUGAACUGAUCUCAAGCAGAUUCCAGGGAUCAUCCGGUCGGGCAAUGUUGUUCCAUCGCGCUUGGAAUCUUGACUACUCAGAAGCGCAGCAUAGAGACAUGAUGACUGGCAAACACAUCGUUCGCGAUGUCAUGUGCAGAAUUUGUCAUAAGAAAGUUGGUUGGAUGUACGAGUUUGCUAUGGAAGAGUCUCAGCGCUACAAAGAGGCUCGUGUGAUCCUUGAGAAAGCACUCGUCGACGAAGAGGAUGGGUUUCCCGAUCCUGCUGGCGCACUUGAGACGCAUGAGCAGCCACCUUCGUCACCCGUGUUUGAAACUUUUGGGGGCCGUCGUGGAAUUCGCCUGACAGCCCUAUCCAGGUCGGAUUCUCGUCUUGCUAGCAGAACCACAACGCAUCCUCCUGCAACAGCAGCUGAAUCACCAAGAUGCCACGAGUGUUCCUAG